AACAUGCGAUUGCCACAUGUCCUGUCCUUGGGUCGCAAGUUCAACUGUCUUGCAGCAAAUUUCAGGUAAUGGAUCCUCUGUUCAAUGAACUUGUCGACCUCGCUACUGAAGACAGCAUACCCGAUAUGUCGAAAAUCGUUCUUAUGGCACAGCAAGAAAGUAGCGGGAAUGAAGCGCCGUCAUGUUCAUCGUCACAGGGCACAUUACAAGCUGUUGUUGAAACUGGUGAGCAAGACACACCAAGCAUGGUCAUUGAGCCUGUCGAGCGCCCACUCGGCUCAGGGGAUAAUGAUGGCAUAAAUUUUAAACUACCCAGCCUUGGUGCCCUCCAUGAAAAAGUGAUAAGCUCUCCGCUGCUAACACCUUCUACAUUCAGGCAAAUCAUUGACAUCCUGCACAAUGAAAUGGCCAAGUACACACUGUAUCCAACGCGUUGUUUCUACAGUAAGGUGACAACCCUGCUCCUUGACAAGUAUCCACAGCUGAAAGAUGUAAUUGGAAGUGGGCACGACUCCUGGAAAGUAGCCCUCUGCAAUAAGUAUAAAAACCUAAGAAGGAAGCUGGAUGAUCAUGAAGAUGUGUUAAGUGUGAGCAUGACAGAUCUAACAGCAGAAGAUGAUGACAGUAUUGCCAAACAUGAAGAUCGACUUGUUUUGGAAACCAAAAAACUAUUGCCGGAUGAGCAACUCGUGGAAAAGUUAAUGGCCUUGACAGCUGGGAAGAGGCUUCCUGACGUUGCGACGAAAACGAUUCGUGAUGUGAAAAAGAACUACCCCUAUAUGAUGGACUUUCAGCGAUUUUGCAAUGACUUUACAAGACUGACCGACAUAAAACCAGUCGGGAAGGUUUCAACAGCCAUCGAUAAAUUAACCCAAUUGGCAGUGAUGAAGAAAAUACGUUGUAGUGAAAACACGAGGCAAAUGUUGGAGAGAGCACGUCAAAUGGACCCCAAAAGGAUGAGAACAAGACAUAUUAUGGCACUUGUAGCUCUGAAAAUCGUCUGUGAGAAUGUGAAGGAACGGUCAGCAUGCUCAAUUUUAUUUGUGCAAGAGACUGACGACAUGCCAGCAACGCCAUGUGUAUCUUAUAAUGGGGCCGUCCUUGAAGAUGCAGAGUUUUUCUGGCUGAUGGUAGACCAGACAAAGUGUUUUCAAGUGACUAAUGCAGAGGAAGGACUUGUCGCAAUUAUGUGUGCAAACUGGUUGUUCAAUGUUCAAUAUGCUUGUAAAGCGUUCAACACCCUUGUCGUCCUCGAAAGAUUUUUUCUUGAGCUCGAAAAGACAACACCAAGAUCUGUUGUUGUGAAGUUCUUAAACAUUGUCGUAAAAUCCACAUAG